UAUAUACAGCUUGCACACUGCCCACUGUUUUCAGUCAGUGACACAAUGGCCCAGCAGCUGCUUCCCCGGGCACUGGUCUCUGCCAGUUGGCUCUCUGCAGCCCUGAAAGAAAGUCAGGCAGGUGCAGCCUUGAGGGUCCUGGAUGCCUCAUUCUAUUUCCCAGCCAUUAGAAAUGGGCGCAAGGAGUAUGCAGAGCAGCACAUACCAGGGGCUUUGUACUUUGAUAUAGAUGAAUGCAAAGACAAGUCAUCCCCAUAUGAAGUAAUGCUGCCCAGUGAAGAUGAUUUUGCCAAGUAUGUGGGUAAGCUUGGCAUUAACAAUGACAGUCACGUGGUGGUAUACGAUGCUGACCAACUGGGCAUGUACUAUGCACCACGUGCCUGGUGGAUGUUUAAAGUAUUUGGCCAUCACAAGGUGUCAGUGUUGGAUGGGGGGUUCCGGAAUUGGCUAAAGCAGGGGCUUCCAGUGACUUCAGAGGUGCCCCAGGUGAAGCCAGAGACAUUCAAGGCAGUGCUCAACUCCUCCCGUGUAAAGAACUAUGAGGACAUUCUGAGGAACAUAGACAGCAAGGAGUUCCAGCUGGUAGAUUCCCGAUCUGAAGGGAGAUUCCAAGGGACAGAACCUGAACCAGGAGAAGGAGUUGAUCCAGGACACAUCCCCGGAUCUUCAAACCUUCCUUUUACUAGUUUCCUUACAGAAGAAGGCUAUGAGAAGUCUCCAGAAGAAAUCCGGAAUCUCUUCCAACUCAAAGGCAUUGAUCUGGACAAACCCCUCACUAUUACCUGUCGACGUGGUGUCACUGCCUGUCAACUUGUCAUGGCCUCCUACAUCCUUGGCAAGGAAGACACGGCGGUCUUUGAUGGCUCCUGGUUUGAAUGGUUUGACCGUGCCCAACCAGAACACAAGAUUUCUCAAUGGAAAAAUAAAUAAGAAAUAUCCAUACUAACUUACUGAAUCAUGUCCACCACAGAUGGUAGACAGGAUAGUAUCAUGGAAGCUGGUAUCGGUUUAAUGCACAAGGGUGAUAAGUUUGUAAAUUGUGCAAUAUACGCUUUUUUUUGUUAUGUACCUGUACUUAAGUUCUAAAGUAAGCUUGGAAUUUUUCUACAUUUUGUGCAUGUUAACAUCAAUAAAAUGUGCAGAUUUAUUAACAAA